AUGUCUGUCGCUUUUAGAUCUGUUGCGCCGUUCCUGCGGACUGCGCGGCACGGCUUGCGUAGUGGCCGUGUUAACCCCCUUCAGACGGCCAUCAAGCCCCAAACCGCCUCGGGCAUUCUCAACAUCUACCGAUCAUACGCCGUUUUUGAGCGAAGCAAGCCCCAUGUCAACAUUGGCACCAUUGGUCACGUCGAUCACGGCAAGACCACCCUUUCUGCUGCCAUCACCAAGCGACAGGCCGAGAAGGGCCUUGCCAACUUUCUCGAGUAUGGUGCCAUUGACAAGGCUCCUGAGGAGCGCAAGCGUGGUAUUACCAUUUCGACGGCGCACAUCGAGUACGCUACCGAGAAACGUCACUAUUCCCACGUCGACUGCCCUGGCCACGCCGAUUAUAUCAAGAACAUGAUUACUGGCGCUGCCAACAUGGAUGGCGCUAUUAUCGUUGUCGCCGCCUCUGACGGACAGAUGCCCCAGACUCGUGAACACUUGCUCCUUGCCCGACAGGUUGGCGUCCAGAAGAUUGUCGUCUUCGUCAACAAGGUCGAUACCAUUGAUGACCCCGAGAUGUUGGAACUUGUCGAGAUGGAAAUGCGUGAGCUUCUCAGCACUUACGGCUUCGAGGGUGAUGAGACCCCUGUCAUCAUGGGCUCUGCUCUUUGCGCUUUGAACAAUCAGAAACCUGAGAUUGGCAACAACAAGAUUGACGAGCUCAUGGCCGCUGUUGACGAGUGGAUCCCUACCCCUGAGCGUAGCCUGGACAAGCCUUUCCUCAUGUCCGUCGAGGAUGUCUUCUCUAUUUCUGGCCGUGGUACUGUUGUCUCUGGACGUGUUGAGCGUGGUGUCCUGAAGCGUGAUGAGGAAAUCGAGCUCGUCGGCAAGGGCAAGGAGAUCAUCAAGACCAAGGUUACAGAUAUUGAAACAUUCAAGAAGUCUUGCGACCAGUCGCAAGCUGGUGACAACUCUGGUCUCCUCAUCCGUGGUGUCCGCCGCGAGGAUGUCCGUCGCGGUAUGGUUGUCUGCAAGCCUGGCACGGUCAAGUCUCACACUCAGUUCCUCGCCUCUCUCUAUGUUCUUACCAAGGAAGAGGGUGGCCGCCACACUGGUUUCCACGAGCACUACCGUCCCCAGCUCUACCUCCGAACAUCUGACGAGUCUGUCGACCUGACUUUCCCUGAAGGAACGGAAGAUGCUCAGGGCAAGAUGGUCAUGCCAGGUGACAACGUCGAGAUGGUUGUGACACUGACCAACCCCAAUGCCAUCGAGGUUGGUCAGCGAUUCAACAUUCGUGAGGGCGGUAAGACUGUUGCUACUGGUCUGUGUACCCGUAUCAUGAAGUAA